GCAGCAGCUUCCUUCGGCCCUCUCUCUCUCUCUCUGGCACAGCACAGCCAACCCGGCGCCUCUUUUUUCCCCUUCCAUCCGUCCAUCCGUCCACCCCCCCGCCCCGAGAAAGAGAAGCCGAGACGAGAAAAGCUGCUGCCGCUGCCAGUCCAAAAGGCCGCACCGCAAAUUUCGGCGACGGAUACGGGCCGCUGGCUGGCUGGCGCGCCGAACCCUCGCUCCCCCACCUCCCUCGGCUCCGGCGGUCGGGAACAGCGCGCGGCCGGCGAUUGCGGCGGGAAUUUCCCCGGCUGGUGCGCGGCGCGGAUCUGGCCGGGUGCGGUCGAUGGGGAGGCGGGAGUAGGGGAGGGGCCGAGGGCAAGGGGGCGCGGCGAUCUCGGGGCGGUCUCCCAUGGGGGGCUGCUUCUCGCUCGAGGAGCAGCGGCUCCAGAGCAGGACAGGCACUUCAUCUGAAGCUGGUGGACCAGAUGGGUUGAAGAAAUGCAAAUCUGAUUCUAAAGCUAUUUCAAGUGUUCUUGCUCCUCCGAAAGAUGUGGAGGACCUGCAAACAGAAGGAUAUGGAAAUGUCAAUAUUUUCACAUACAACGAACUGCGAGCAGCCACAAAGAACUUUCGGCCUGAUCAGAUUCUUGGGGAGGGUGGGUUUGGAGUUGUUUACAAAGGCGUCAUCGAUGAAAAUGUUAGAAUAGGUUUUCCAUCCAGACAGGUUGCUGUGAAAGAACUGAACCCAGAGGGUUUUCAGGGAGACAAGGAAUGGUUGGCAGAAGUAAACUAUCUUGGGCAACUUAGCCAUGCAAAUCUAGUCGAACUGAUUGGCUAUUGCUGCGAGGGUUCACAUAGAUUACUUGUCUAUGAGUACAUGGCUUGUGGCAGCCUUGAAAAGCACCUCUUUCGACGGGUUUGCCUUAAUAUGCCAUGGUCAACUCGCAUGAAGAUUGCGCUCGGUGCAGCAAGGGGGCUUGAGUAUCUCCAUGGAGCUGAGAGAUCCAUCAUCUAUAGGGAUUUCAAGACAUCAAACAUCUUGCUAGACGCGGAUUAUAAUGCUAAGCUUUCAGACUUUGGCCUAGCAAGAACUGGACCUAGUGGAGACCAAACCCAUGUCUCAACUCGGGUCAUGGGAACUUAUGGCUAUGCAGCUCCUGAAUAUGUGAUGACUGGCCAUUUGACAGCACGGAGUGAUGUUUAUGGGUUUGGUGUUGUACUUCUCGAGAUGAUUAUUGGGAGGAGGGCUGUGGACAAGAGCCGGCCGAGCCGUGAGCAUAACCUAGUUGAGUGGGCACGCCCCCUCCUUGUCCACAACCGGAAGCUCUUCAGAAUCAUUGACCCUAGAAUGGAAGGCCAAUACUCCACCAAGGCUGCCAUUGAAGUGGCCAGCCUUUGCUACCGAUGCUUGAGCCAGAACCCUAAAGGGCGUCCUACUAUGAGCCAGGUCGUCGAAACCUUUGAGGAGGUUCAAAGCAUGCCGGAAUGCCAGGAUAUACUCCUGCAGAAUUGUAUGACCGGAUCUGUGACGCUAUACGAGGUCCCGAAGGAGCCUGUUGAGCAUGUCGAGACAGAGAAGGCGAAGCAAGAACCAACAGCAAAGACUGAUGCCGUGGCCGUGGGCGUGCCACCGACGAACGGAAAGCCAGUGCCUCAGAGCAGGAGGACACGGCCAGCGAACGGCAGGAGCAAGAGCGAGCCGCCUUUGGAGUGCAAGCUGUACAUCCCUUCGCCCGACUCCGACGGGCAUCAGCUGGGGCUGGAAGCCCUGGCAUCACCCCCUUCCAGAAACAGCAGCAGGGAUGAUCCUCCUCCCGUGGACGAAGAUCUGUACAAGAUAUAAAGUAAUAACAGCAGUUUUUGACGAGGCUCAACAAAGCCUCCGUUUACCCGUGUCGUCUCGUGUCGCCAUCCAUCUUGUUGUCAAGAUCGAUCGGUCAGUCAGUCAGUCAGCUGGUGUUUUUGUUUUUUCUUCUGAUGGCGGAACUACCAAAGCUAGGGUUCUUGUUCUUGCGGUUAGCGAAUUGUAUGUAGAGAGAGGGGCGUCGUGGGAAGCAUGUAAUGUGAGUUCCAUGAUGGUGUUCGUGCUGUAAACUCGGAACAGUUCUCUGGGAAAGAUCCACACCAAAAUGGAAAUGGAGAGAUUUGUCU